CUUAUCGCUCCAGCAACAGCACGGCCCGUUCCCGUUUGGCAGAUUUAGAAGAGCCUAGUGUCGAAUUUGCUUGCAAUUCCUGGCGUUAGUUUGGGAAUUUGAAAAGAGAAUUGUUCCCCAUUCAAGAGCUGUAGCUCAUGGGGUUGGCGGAGUUCGUCCUUAAAAUGUGUUGUUAGGGAAAAACAGUGAUUCGGAUUCUUUGACACCAAAGUUCGUGUUGUUUAGCACCAUCAUGCCACCUCUCAGAAGAUCCCCGGUGAAGGUGCCAACCACCUCAUGUCGUGUUUGUUUGAGCAAUAAUACUGUUAUGCUGGAGGUGUUCGGGACCGAGUCGCAACCAGUUUCGUACGAUGAAGACAUCAAAAAGUGCUUAUCUAUUGAGGUGAAGAAAGGAGAUGGCCUACCUUCCAAAAUUUGCAUAAAAUGUGCUGGGCUCCUAGGGGAAUAUCGUCCUUUUGUUGACAAUACCCUUGAGGCAGAAUCUGAGCGCAGCAGCAAAUGCGACUCGACAUCUGGCUCUAACACAAGUUGUCAUUACUGCCUCACUUCUGGAAAUAUUCUAUUUCCGGUGCCAGAGACUUCAAUCGUCAAGACCAAGGAAUGCUUUGCAUUCGAGGUUACGGCUAAGAACCAAAUUUGUGUUCGUUGUCAAUUCCAUCUUGAGGGCCUUCAUGAACUGAAACAAAAGGCUUGUGCUGCUUUAAAACAGUUUAAUUUGAAUUCAGUGGCUGUUCAAAAGAAGUUAAGCCCUGCUAGAGUAAAAGAGCCAAGUGUUGACGAUAAGAACUUAAGCCCUGCUAGAGUAAAAGCACCAAGCCCUGCUAGAGCAAAAGCACCGAGUGUUGAAGAUAAGAAGUUAACCCCUGCCAGAGCGAAACGGUCAAGUGUUGAUGAUAUCGUGGUCGAUUUGAAGGACAAAUGCGACACUGAAAAACUGAAAACAGACAAGAAAAUGGAUUUGAAGGAGGUGUCUGUGUGUUUACUGGACAUUGUCAAAAUUUUGGGUGAAGAGUUGCUGAAGGGAACAAUCAGUGCAACAAAAGUUUUUGAGCGGUUGCAUCCCCCUCUCCGUGUUAAUGGACAUGCACCAGUAAAAGCCUCCUCAUCUAAGACCCCCAAACAACAAACCACAAAGAAGGUCAAUGAGUCAGUCAUCAGGGAAAAAUCUCAUCUCCCUAGUAAGAGUGAUAAGCAACCAACACCCAAGAGAACCCCUAAGCCUCUACCAGUAAAAAAGUCUAGAAGACUAUCUAGGCUCAGUGACCCAGCAGAAAGUGAUCUUUCUGAUGAACCUGCACUUGAAGGUAAAAAGAGGAUCAGAGAAACAAGUGAACCAGAAACUGACAUCUUGCCCAGGAAGUCUAGAAGGAGAAGUGAGUCAGAGAGGUCAGAAUCAGAAAAGUCUCUAGCUGAUGUAGCGCACGAGAAACCAGAAAAAGACCCUCCAACUUUUGUAAGUGCUGACUCGUCGGGGAAGAAGUCAGACUCAUCAGAGAAGAAGUCAGACUCAUCAGAGAAGAAGUCAGAUUCGUCAGAAAAGAAGUCAGACUUGUCAGAGAAGAAGUCAGACUUGCCAGAGAAGAAUGCUGAUUUGCCAGAGAAGAAAGCUGGCACAGAGAAAGAAGAGGACCAGCUUAUGAAAGAAUCCUCUAGUUUUACAGAUGAAUCAGUUUCGGAAAGGAAAAAAGGUUCUAAAAAACCUCGAUCGAAGAAAGAAAAAAUGGAAUGUGACUCCUCUUCUGACAGUGUUCAAAAACCAUUGCAACCUUCCAUUGUGCGGCCUGCUGCUGAUGGAAGUAUCACUGAAAACGGGCUUGAUUCUGAGUCCCCUAAAACGAAUAGGAGAAGGACUAAGAAAGUGGAAUUCGCCAUGGACCUCGACGCUGACGAAGAUGAUGAGGACGUUAAAAUGGGGAGUAGAAGAAAACGCAGGCAUAGUGAUGGUGACGAUUCUUACAGCCCUAAGGUUAAAGGUAAGGGUAGAAAGAAGUUGCGGGAACCCUCCAAUAGUGAUGAUGAAAAUGAUGCGGAUGAGUCUUCUAUUAGUAAGCAAAUUGCGCUUGAUCAGCCAGAGUAUUUGAGAGAAUUGGAUGACUUGCUGAAAUUCACCCCAAAGGCAACAUUUAAACCCUUUAUCUGCUCUGUGUGCCAUGAAGGCUACAUCAGUACUGUAAAAGGAAAGUUGCACAAGCUUGUUGUCCACGAUCCUCAUGCAAAUCUUGUUCUCAAGUUGACAAGAUGUGAUGGUGAUAAGAGUUUAAUGGAGGCGUCUAAUGGAGUCAUUGAAGACCCUGAAAAGAAAUCAAAAGUUAAAAUCAAGGUCGAAAUUAAAUCAGAGGCCCCUGAUGAAGAUUAUGAAAGAAGCAAACUUGCUGUUCAUAGUGACACAAGAGAAGCUGAAAGCAAACCAAGAAGGAAUUCUGAUGAGAUUGCUGAUGAUGCUGAUGACCUAUUCAGUGACAAAGGCAACUGUAGUGCACCACCUACUGGGAAGAGCAGUGAUGCCUUAUUUAACUCUCUCUUUAAUGAGCCAAAUAUUGAGAAGGUUUCUGUUGCUGCUGAAAGCAAAGGGGAAAGUAGUGAAAAAUCAGAUAAAAAUGGAAAACUGGAUGAAAGCAGCAAGACUGGAAAUGACAAUGAUUCAGAUGAGUGUGAUCCUUUAAGUGUGGCUGUGCCUUGUGAGGAAAAUAAAUCAGAAAUGGAAAGUAACAAACCAGUAGGAGAUGAAAUUUCUGAAUCUGAAUCUCCGACAGAUGAAGGAAUCUCCAAGCCUGCCUCUGAAAAGCCUUCAGAAGAAGAAACCUCAAGCCCAGAACAAGAAGUAUCUAUAGACAAAGAAACCACAAAUCCUGAAUGUGAAGUACCUACAGAUGCAGAUAGCUCAAAACCGGAAAGUGAAAAAUCUCUUGAUGACAAAAGCUCUAAAGCAGAAUUUGAAAAACGAUCCGAAGAGGAAAGUUCUAAAUCUGGAUGCGAUGAACCUACAGGAGAUGGUGAAUGUGUACAACUCACUGAAGGAGAGAAAUCUGAAGUUGAAGUGAUGAGUUCUGAGAAACAGAAAGCCAGUGAUGUCGAGGCGUCUGACCUAGAGCCAGAAGGUGAAGUAACACCGGAAAAGAACUGUGACAGCGUUGAUAGCCAGUCAAGUGAUGAGGUUCAAAAUGGAGAAGAGACACGAAAGGAUUCUAAGAGCAAUAAAGGGGAGAUUCCAAAUUCUGAAUAUAGUGCAUCAAAUUUACAUGAAGCAACUGAGCAAAAAACUGGCAAAAUUGUUCCGAUUGAAAAUGAAGAAGCUGUGAGCUCUACUAUUGUAGAAGACCAGUCACCAAGUCAGCCUUCAACAGCUGAGAGUCUGGACGGCCAUGGAGAUAAAGGGUCAGAGGCAGACGUAGAGAACAGCCCUGUGCCUGUUGACGAUGAUGAUGUAUCAGGUAGCUCGCAUGCAGAACACAGUAAAGGGACGGUUGAUGAUGUUGACAGUACUACAGCUACAGCUACCUCUGAAGUUGUGGAUGAAGAUAAGGGCGAAAAUGUGGAGUCAUCAAGUGUGGUGUCAGACACUUCUGCAGUGGAUGCUGAGGGUAUAAUUGUUGGAGAUGAUUAAGCCAAUGUCUUGGUACUGAAUCUGUACAUUUCUUUUGUAUGCAAGAAAAUUUCCUCUGGUUUCCAUCUUAACUGCAAAUACCGUUGUGUGUUGUCUAAUUGUGUGAAAUUUCCAUGCUACUUGGAAAUUUUUAUUCCAACUUUUAGGGUGCCUAUAUGAACUUGUGCAUUUGAAAAGUAUAUGAAAAGAUAUAAAAACUAAAGCAAAGAAAAAAAGAACUGAGUUAGUGUUGUUGAAGUUGUGUUAGCAAAUUUCUUGUCUCUCUAAUUUUCCUUUUGUUUUUUCUUUGAAAUUUUUGUGGAUAUAACUGUGGUUGUUUGUAAAUGUGUUGUAAAGUUGUUUUUUUUCUUCUGACAUUGAUUUUAUUUGUAUAAGGGAGCUGAGACCUUUAAAAGUAGAAGUUCAGAAUUUGGCUUGCUAUUUUUUAUUUUAGUGUGGGUACUGGUGUUUGACACAAUUUUCUCAUUUUUUAUUUGUGAAACAUUUGAACACCUGUGUAAGAUAUUCAAACAUAACAUCUCUCAACAAUUUUCCAUUGUUUUUUUGUACUGUAGCAGUAGCUAUUGCCUGUGUGCCACAUUGAACAAAUACCAGAAGAGAGAAAAUAUUUUGUGAUGUCCACUGAACUGUUUUUGUAUAGUCCCGUGAGUUAAUUGGGGUAGUAGCUGCAAAUUGUUUGGUGCCCAGAAGGUUUAGUACAACUACUGAUGGGCAUUUAGGUACCAAUAAAUUUUAUGUAGGAGUGACAUACGUACAAUUGUUAGAAGAGGUCUGCAAGUUAUCAGUUCUUAAGUGCAACUGAGGAACUCUUUUAUGCUGCUCAUGCUCUUUCAGCUAUUGUCCGGAAAUUCGGACUGAGCCCUCAAAGAAUCCCAUCUGAUUCUCUAAAAUGCAUUCCCAGGGCGUGUUGUUAUCUUCUCAUUUCCACUGGUGUCAGACCCUUCCUAUUUUAGCAGUCAUUGAGCAAUGAAUGGAGCUGUCAUGGGUCCUAUCCUUAGUUUGAACUAAUUGACAUGGAUGUGUCAUUUGCAUUACUAUAUUUUUAUCUUAUUUUUCAUGAACUUUCAGAUCUCUGUCGUAAAUUCUGGCUUUAGUUUUUGGACCAAAAGUAAGUUUUAAACCUGAUUAUUUAAUGUCUUUUAAUUGUGCUUUCCUCACUUUUGCUUAAGUUAUUACAAACUUGCUGUUCAUUGCAAUGAUAGGUAGAUUGUGGUUUUUCCCCGCAAUGCCUGAAAAGAUUACAUCUCUUCCACACAAUCUCACCAUCACAGUACAAAAUUAUUUCAUUUCUAUUAAAAUUUUCAUCACAUACUACUUUGUGUGAGUGUGUUUUGUCAAUUUUUUUUUAUGUAACUAUUCAAAGAAAUCUUCAUUGUUUUUGUCCCACUUUGUUAAUCUGAGUCAAUGUGUUGAUACUUUGUCUGUUGCUGUUAUUGAUGUUUUGAACUGUGUUCUUCUUUGCCUUUGUCUCACCUUGAUUGAGAGUUUUCAGAGGAGUUCUGCAGUAUUAAAAUAUGUUGAUUGGACUACAA